AUCGUCUGCUACAUAAUGCGUUGCCUACCAUAGUUCUACCUGUCACUUUAUGCCUUUGUACUUGAUCAGUCAUCGUUCUCUGUAACAAUAAAAAUAAAUAAAAUGUUCUUUUACGCUUUGAUCGGCGGCUACGUAUUGACAUCGAUGAUUUUAUUCAAAUACCCAACGUUGAUACACAAGAAAAAAAAGGUGAAAUUCAUGUGUCAUCACAUUAGUCACAGGGGUGGUGCUGGCGAAAGCUACGAAAAUACAAUGUGUGCAUUCAAACGGGCUGUCGCAAUUGGAACAGAAAUGCUUGAGUUGGAUUGUCAUCUGACAAGGGAUGGACAAGUAGUGGUUUCGCACGACCAUAAUCUAUUGCGCAGCACUGGUAGGAAUAUGAAUAUAUCGGAUUUGGAUUACAAAGAUUUGCCAUUACUGAAAAGGAAUCUCCCUAUUGACUUUGACCCAGAUAUGGAAUUUGUGGGAUCUGAGAAAGAGGAGGAGCGAAGAUUUGCCCUGUUGAAGGAAGUAUUCGACACAUUUCCCAACUUGCCUAUCAACAUUGACAUCAAAGUCAAUGACGAUCGCCUCAUCGCCAGGGUGUCAGAUCUCAUCAAAGAGUAUAAUCGCGAGGAAUAUACUGUGUGGGGAAACUUCAGUGACGAGAUAACUAAAAAAUGUUACAAAGCGAAUCCAAAUGUGAACUUGCUGUUCUCUAUGCAGCGUGUUACUUUACUCAUAUUCCUUAUGUACACUGGUCUGUUACCAUUUGUGCCUUUGAAAGAGACUCAUUUGGAAAUAUUUCUACCGUCUAUCUAUCUGAGGCGCAAAGGUGGUCCAAUUCCAACAUUUCUUCCAUUGGAGAAACUAGUUGUUCGCUCUAUAAACUUAUUACUCAUGAGGCCAUGUUUGUUUAAUCAUCUGCAAGCACGUGGAAUACAUGUAUACUUUUGGGUAUUGAAUAAGGAAGAUGAGUUCAAAGAAGCAUUUGAACUUGGUGCCACAGGAGUGAUGACGGAUUAUCCCACAAAACUAAAAUUAUUUCUACAAAAUGGUGCGUUCUAAGAUAAUUUAAUAGGCUUGUACACAACACAUUUGUUAGGUAUAGUUUGGAACAAAGUCAUUUUUACCCAGUAUUUUCAGCUACGACAAAGUUAAAUUUAUUGGUCUAAAAUCAACUCUGCUACUCAACGUGUCGAUACGUGCGUCAAAAUUUUCGGCAUAUUUUUCGCAAAAAGUAAUCUCUUUUUAAUCAUUGACGAAUUAAUAAUUUUUACGUUUAAGACACGUUUAAGAUUGCUCUUGCUGAAUUGCACGCUUGAAUCUAGUCCAUUUUAAAUUCUAUUGCUAAUUACUAAAAAGAAAAGAUCUGCGAGCUCAUACAAGUUUGAAUUACAUUACACUCAAUCUAAAGAGCUGAAUAAAAAUCAAACAUACGUGUAUUAACAUUAUCGAAGUACGGAAUACCAGACACACUUUUUUUGUAUACGCAUAAAGCAUUUGUAAGGUUUGCUAAGAUUUUACCUGGUUUUAAUCUGAGCCAUUCAGAUUAUUGAGUACAGAAUCGUUACCUAAGAUCACAAUAACAGACGAAGAUUACGUUUUUUUUUCUAUUUAAUUGGUUUACUUAACUUCAUCACAAGAUCGUGAAAAAAUGUUAUAGUUUGAAAAAUUCAUAUUUAUUUAGAUGUAUUUAGAAAAAAGGUGCAAGUCAUCUUUAAGCAUACUCUACUAACUCAGUACGUUUUCCACUUUCAUCUAUGACGCAAUUAUUACUCAAAGACAGACACGCUGUUCAUUAAAGAUUAACCUUUCUACGAAGUUUAUAAUUUGAAGGCAUUUUAUCAAUACACUUUCAUUGUUUGUCAAAAUGAAUAUCGUAAUUAUGACAAAUAAGCUUUUGUCGCCGAGACUGAUAAAUCCCUGUUGAAAUAUACUUGAAAGUAAUUUACUACACACUACAGAGAGUAAGUGAAGGAUAGUUAAAAUAUUUUUCUUUUACACAGUCAAGUCUGACGAUAAUUGUAAACUAUAAAGCUGCUGCUGUAAAUAACUAUUUAAAAUUGCUGCCACAGUACUGUACAGUGAUACCAUACUAUUUUACUUUAAAAGAGCCAUAUAGUCAAAUCUAAGGCUGUUACUGUUCGUAAAAAAAAUUAUAUACACAAACGUACUGGUCUGCGACGAUAAAGUUGCAAAUUUUAUAUGCUAAGCUGUAGACUUAUAAUCGUUAUAAUAUAUAAAUUCGGAUAAAUUAUGGAAAUGCAAAGGAAAGGGCUGUUUGCGAUUAAUAUCAUAGAAUAGAUUUUAUUCGCGGUGAUAAAUUUGCUUCGAUUACGUUGCCAAACAGAAAAUAGUCAAAGAAAAAUUGUAUCUAUAUCUAUCAUAAGCUUUAUAGGGUAGGGUAGUUCUUAGUCAAUUGCUUGAGGCAUCGCCAAACUGAGUUUUCAAAUUCAUAUUUUAACCGGACCAUUUCAGACGCGAGGAACUUCUAGUUAAAUCAUUUGGGUAUUCAUUGUCUUCGGAAUUGUUAGAAUGUAGUAACAAAUGGUUUGAAUAUCGAUCGAAUAUUAUAAAUACGUGUCUCUGUAUCGGAGAUUGUUUACCAACACAAAUUCUUUGUUUGUAAGAUCACUGGUACAUAUUACAAAAGUGGUCGUUAAAAUUCAAACGGAUCCCGUUAACCAUUUGAAGGAACGGAAGAAGAAUGUAUUACACAAAGUAUUAUAUAUAUAUAUAUAUAUACCAAUAACAGUUAAGCGGUGCCUUAAUUAUUGUUUGUCAAACACAGAAUUUACCAAGCUACACGUAUACUGAGACAGCAUUGUUUGAGCCAAAUUUUCUAGGUCUUUGAAAAUGAGUGCCAUAAGCUUUAGUUACUUUACCUAGAUUCAGGUUGUAAGAAAGCCGCUACAAGGUAUAGGCAUAAUAGCGGAAAAGAUGUUGUAAAUAUAGCAUGAGAAUAAGUGAUGUUUUGUGCUAUUACUUAUUUCCUAGGGUUAAAAAAUAUGAAUUAUUAUUCGUAUUCGAUAAAUUUAUUUGUUAUAGCAUACUUAAAACCUAAGUAUUAUUUUUUUGUUCUAAAUAAGCAUCACGAUUUAUUCAAAAUACGUACAUGGUGUCAGUCAUCCUUCUUUUUAUCUUCAACUUUCUUGGUGUAGUAUCGAUUGUACGAAUUGUCUUGGACAAAAUUUUCCUAAAAAUACAAAAUUGUUGGAAAAAAAACAAAUUAUUGUAAUUAAAAAGUUGCCCCUGUACGUAUAAAUUUAUAAUUCUUUUCAAAAAUUAUAUACACGUAAUUAACGCCAAAAUCAGAUUUCCAAAUGUCUGUAUAUCAGUCAAAUUUCAAUAUUUGACUGUGACUUGAAAAUUGGAAAUGCAUAGAUUUUCUUACAAUAAGCUUUUGGAAACGUGAGUUAUUUUUGUGUUACAUACUAAAAGUGCAUUUGCAAGUAUUAUUUCUUUGCUGUUGAGAGUAUUGCUCUUUGCUGUUACUUAUUCCCUAGUUUAUUAAAUUUUACUACUGUACUUUUGUGACAAACUGUGAUUUCCGAUAAGCUUAAGAGCCCAGUUGUUAUCUUAUUUUCAGCUUGCAUUGCAUUAAAUACUUGCGUCUGCUUAGUGGAUUGAAUAUUUAAGUAUUUAAACUGUUUCGCUAAGCAAAUGUAUUCGAUGAAAUGUGGGUAUUAUGAAUUACAUUUACUGUAAUUGUAAGUAACGUGUAAACAUUUUUAUUUGUGGUAUUGUGCAAAUUUACACAAUGAAUAAUUGUCCUUAAAACUACUUUCAACUAACGUUAUUUCUAAUCCUACUUGUAGCGACUUAAAGUCGAAUAUAAUUGUGACAAAUGUGAUUGCAUUUAUUUUGGCCAAAGAUUUCCUAUUGCAUUCUUUUAUAAAUUAAUAUUCAGUGUUAUUCUUACAAAUUUCUAGGUGUUAGUUCAUCAAGCUUACCUAAUUGUAUUAGUAAUUUUUAAUGAUCACAGAGUAAUGAAGGUAAUAGAGGCUUUUCUGUAUGAACAAAAAGCAAAAUAUUCGAUAAACAUUUUUCUAGUAACAGCAUCUUGCUUUUUAGUAAAAUAAAGGUAAUUGAAUAUUUGCGAAUAUGGUAUGGAAUAUUUGCGGUAUGGGACGAUUUAUCUACCUUGGACCGAAAAUGAUAUAAAAGUAAUUAUUCAUUUUAUUGCUAUUCAAGUACAAAUUUCUCAUUUAAGUAUUCGGUUGAAAUUUGAUCUUGUCAAAUACUCAAUACGGAUCCUUCAACAAUCUGAAUAUUUUUGUUACUCAUAUUCAAUGAUUAAUAUUUGCUACGAACUCUGUUUCGACGCUCGAUUUUUGAUGAGUCAGUGACAACGUAUGUAAUAUGUACAAUUUGUGUGGAAAGAUAAAUUUUGAAAUACAUUUAUUCAUUAGAAAGAAACCGUUUGCAUUUUAUCCAUGAGAUAAACUGAUACUGGGACCAAUAGACAUUAGACCGAGUAACUGCAUUGUCAACUGCUUGAGUAUAGGUAUAAAAAAUGUACAACUAUGCUUCGGCUCCAAUGUUGUUUGGAUAAUGAACGAUACAUAAACAUACCUACUGCAA